AUGACUGAAACUCAAUCCGACCCCAAUACUACUUCUAAUAAUCCGGUAAGAAGACGAUCUAGAGGAAGAAGAAUAUCAUAUCAUAAGCCUUCAUCGUCUCCUUCCACAACAACUCCAAAUACUCAACAGACUGGUAACACAAGCCCACAAGGCUCAAACUCUUCUACAACCAAUGCUUCAGCAAAUACUCCUUCCCAUAACUCGUUAAGUAGAGGACAGAGAGGCAAACGAAGAGGUAGAAGAGGAGGAUCAUCAUUUGAUAUAAAACCUACGUCAUCACCUCCUUCCACAAAUCCUCAACAAAGCUCUGAUGAAAAGCUAGAACUAAAGUUAUUACUCCAAUUUUCUUCAUCCUCCGAACCAAUCACUCUUGAUUUGACUGACAAGAAAUGGAACCCCCCAAAAGUGUAUGCGUCAGAGUUGAUUGUUGAUGAAUCUUUGGGUGCUGGUUUGUCAGCACUUCAUUCAAAAGAAGAAGAAACAUCAAACGACUCAACAUUGUCAUCUUCAACUACAUCCUCACUCGAAACACCAAUCACUCUCGAUUUGACUGAUUACGAGAGUUGGAAUGCCCAACAAGUAGCAUCAGUAUUGAUUUCUCCUAAAUCUUUGGGUGGUGCUGGUUUGUCGGUUGAAAAGCUGAAGCCUUUGCAUGAGGCUGGUUUUGAUAGCACAUCUCUCCACAACAUUGUUGAGAAUAUCAAGAUGGACGGUGUAAAGUAUGCCAUUGAUCAACUUAAAAGUACUUAUAACAAGAGUAGCGUUCCUCAAGUCUCCGACACUUGCCAAACCGUUGUAUUUUGGGUGCUCGAUCAAUUAAUGACCAGAAAAUAUUCACUAUGGCUAUUGGAGCCAGUGAGUAAACAAAUCAAACAAAAAUUGAGCGAACCAAUUGCAAAAGGAGGUGCUGAAUUGAAUCUUGAUCAAGUUUCUUCAUUGGAUGUCAAAACUCUCACCAAAAUUAUUACUGCCAUAGAGAAGGAAAGAGUUGUAACAGAAGAAAAAUGCAUCGAAUAUGCCGUCAAGAUUAUGAAAAGCGACACGUGCUUUGCUUCAGUGCCAGAAUCUACUUGUAAAGCUGUUGCUGGGUGGGUAAAUACCAAACUGAGAAAGGCUGGCGAAGGAGGUUCUUUAAUUAAUAUACCAUCCAAGUUGUUUGAUCUUUGGAAGCGCAAGUUGGAAGGAGAAAUAUCUGAAAAUUUACGAAAGGAAAGAACAAAUGCAAGAUAUGAUUAUCUUCGUAAUUUACAUGAUCCAGCAAACAUGGAAAAACUGAGAACGCUCAUUGGAAAAUUUAUCGAUCUUCCUGUAUUUGGAACGGGAGAAAGUGAUUUGUCUCCAAAAAACUUUAAUCCAAAUGCGAAAUAUCUUUUAACUCAGCAACGAUUUGAUAUAUUGAACAAUGUUGUUAAUGGAAAAACCACUGGAUUGGUUUUAUCGGGUCCUCAUGGAGUUUCAAAAUCAUAUACACUUUAUUUGAUAGUUGCCUACGCAUUUGUAAAUUCAAUUCCAGUACUUUAUGUUCCAAAAUGUCGCCUAUGGCUCAGCAGUUACAACACAGAUCAGGAAGUUGGUGCCAAUAACUACUUGCGAAGAUUGUUCUUUUCGCUGAAUAGUGACAUUCUUUCUACGACCCAAAUUGUUGAAUUACAGAAAGCAAGAAAUGUGGUCCGUCAUUUGAGCACACAUAUUGGAGAUGUGGGACCUAUGUUCUAUUUGUUUGAUGAACAUAAUGAAUUAUACAGACCUGACUAUUACAACAAGAUUCCUGCUUCCCAUGCUUAUUUCCAAAAUUUUACCAGAUGGACAGGAGAUACAUCAGAGAAGUACACAGUUACCAUCUAUUGUGGAAGUGCUCAUAGUUCCUUUGAAGAUAAUUUACCAGGAGGAGAAGAAGAAAGAUUGGUUAGAAUAAUUCCUCCAACAACAACAGAGUUUGAAACACUGAUAGCAGACUUCGGUUUGAAUCCAAAGGAUAAAAGAAUAGCCCAUGUAACAGGAAGAAUUCCAAGAGAGUUGAGAUACUUGGCAAACUAUUUGAAGGGCAAAAAGGGUACUGAUGAAGAUUUCAACCAAUUUGUCAUGAAUAUGCGUGGUGUAUAUGAUCGAAGAUUGGAUUCAUUAGUUAGUACAUUGGACAAAAAUAAGAUGGAACAGUUUGAAAAGACACUGGAAGAUCUUUUUACUCUUGGUAUUUCUAAUGGAAGACCUUAUAGUGUUUCAGGGGUUGUAUACGAUAAGGGUUUAUUGUACAAGGAUUCUUAUGGAAAACUUUUUAUCAUUAACGAUCCAGCAAAGAGAUGUUUAUUCCAUCACUACUGCACAAAACUAGACAUGCCAAACAUACCCAAGAAUAUUUAUGGUUCAGAGAAAGGAACAAUGUUUGAAAAACACUUGGUGAGACAAGAGUAUGGAAUUGGUAAACAUUUAGAUAGAAAAUUCUAUGUAACAAAUAAGUUGAGCUCAAACCCCACAAUAUCCACGUUAUCAUAUGAAAUUAACGUACAAGCAAAUUUAGAUCUAAAGGAUUUAAGCUCUCUCGAUCGAAGGAAUUUCUUGAAAGGAACGGGAGUAUUAUUCAUUCCAGAAUCCGAAAUUUCCCCAAGCUUUGAUUAUGCUAUUGUUAUGUACAAAGAGAAGCCAGUGGAAAUCUUUCUGAAACAAACCACAAUUUCUACUGUUGAUUCUCAUUAUUGUAAUCAUCGUAAUGGCAACACAGAUAUGGAUAAUUUAUUGAAACGUUUUUAUGUUUUAGAUAGAAAAGGAAAGGCAAUGAAAAGAAAACAAAACGAUCCAAAGCAAUGUCAUUUCUCAUUACUCGAAUUGAUACUUCAUGGAAUUGUUGGAACUGAAGAAAAAGUUGGAGAGUUGUUACAAGUCCGCAAGGACGAUCUAAAGUUCAUCAAAGAUGGAAAGCUUGAAAACUCAGUAACAUAUGGUGGUAUUCAAUUCACUUGGCAUUACAUUUAUGAAUCUGGUGCGGAAGAACAAUCUGUAAAGAAGGUAAAGGAAAAUGGUAUACUUUUUAGGAAUAGGCAAGAAAUUGAAGCCGAUAUGAAGAUUUACUUUGAAAAAUAA